AUGGGAUAAGAAAAUUAUAGAAUUUCUAAAAUUUUUAAUGAGAGAUAUAUUUAGUGUGGAUCUAAUGCUCUUCACCUACUGGUCUUAAUGAAAAUUAGUUUUAAGGAAUAAUGUUUUGAGAAUAUUAGAAUUAGAAAUACUUCGUUAAUAGGAGCAAAUAUGAUAAGAUGCGACUUAAGCGGAUCUGAAUUUGAAAAUGUCAUUAUUAGUGGUAUAAAUUUGAAUUAAGCCAAAUUAUUAAAUUGUAUAAAUGAGGGAAUGUAGUUAAAUGGUCACAGUGGUAGACUCAAAUAAAUUUUCUUUUCUCUAGAUGGCAAGUCAUUAGCUUCCUGUAGUGUUGGUAAAGCACUGUAUUUAUGGGAUGUUAAAACCAGAAAAAUAAAGUUUAAUAAAAAAGUGACGAAUGUAGAUUCUUUUUGUUUAUCACCGAAUGGUACUACAUUAGCUUCUAGUUGCAACAAUUUGGCUUAUUUAUGGAAUCUUAAGACAGGAAAAAAAAUAUGUAAUUUAAUUGGCCAUAAAGAUACUAUUAGUUAAGUAUGGUUCUCUCCAAAUGGUACUCUAUUAGCAUCUGGUAGUUGGAAUGGGUCUGUCCGUUUAUGGGAUGUUAAGAAAAGUUAAUCGAAAGCCAAUUUAGAUGGUGAUAGUGAAUGUGAUAAAUCAAUCUGUUUCUCUCCUGAUGAUACUUCAUUAGCAUUUCAUAGCUCAGAUAACUCAAUAGUUUUAUGGGAUGUUAAGACUUAAUCAAAGCUAAAUUAUAUGGACAUACUAGUAAGAUUGAAUCAUUCUGUUUCUCUCCUGAUAGUACUAGAUUAGCAUCUUGUAGUAAUGAUAAGUCUAUCCGUUUAUGGGAUGUUAAAACAGGAUAAUAAAAAGCCAAAUUAGAUGGUCAUUCAUCAACAGUUUAUUCAGUCAAUUUCUCUCCUGAUGGAACCAAAUUAGCAUUAAGCAGCAGUAAAGAUAACUUCAUCAUUUUAUAUUCAUUAGAUGUAUAGACAAGAGAUUAAAAAUUUUUAUAUGCUUAUAAUGCUUAAGAUUCGGAUCUUUAGAAAGGUAUUUUAACAUACUUUGAACCUUUGAAAUUUACAAAUAAUGCUAAUCCAGAAUUUGGUAAUUUUUUCCACUACAUAAAAUAUUCCAAUUUUAACAAUUUCUUAAAAUCCAAAGUUAGAAGCAUAUGGAACCCUAAUCCUGAAAGGCGAAUUUAUGGAUUAAGAAGGAUGUGAUUUGCGUUCAUUUUUUAAAUCUAAGGGUUGUUGUAGUUUGGAAAUCUAUUUAAAAUCUUCAUAAAAGUGAGAUUUAUUAAGUUUAAAAGAAUAUUGUUACGUAUUUUGU